GGGCCAUGGCGGCGACCGAGAUCGCGCGGCAGGUGGGUGAAGGUUGCCGUACUGUCCCUCUUUCUGGACAUGUGGGAUUUGACAGUUUGCCUGACCAGCUGGUUAAUAAGUCAGUUAACCAUGGCUUCUGUUUCAACAUCCUGUGUGUGGGGGAAACUGGCCUUGGUAAGUCCACGCUGAUGGACACCCUUUUCAAUACUAAAUUUGAAGGUGAGCCAGCAUCUCACUCACAGCCCGGAGUUCAGCUGAAAUCCAGUACCUAUGACCUUCAGGAGAGCAAUGUUGGUCUGAAACUGACCGUUGUGGGCACCGUAGGCUUUGGGGACCAGAUCAACAAAGAAGACAGCUAUAAGCCCAUCGUUGAGUUCAUUGAUGCCCAGUUUGAAGCCUACUUGCAAGAGGAACUGAAGAUAAAGAGAGUCUUGCACAACUUCCAUGACUCCCGUAUCCACGCCUGCUUGUACUUCAUUGCACCCACAGGCCAUUCCCUGAAAUCCCUGGACUUGGUAACGAUGAAGAAGCUCGACAGUAAGGUCAAUAUCAUCCCUAUCAUUGCCAAAUCUGAUGCCAUCUCCAAGAGUGAGUUGACAAAAUUCAAAAUUAAAAUCACAAGUGAGCUGGUCAGUAACGGGGUGCAGAUCUACCAGUUCCCGACAGACGAUGAAUCGGUGGCUGAGAUCAACGGGACGAUGAAUGCCCACCUGCCGUUCGCAGUGAUUGGCAGCACAGAGGAGCUGAAAAUAGGAAACAAAAUGAUGAAAGCCCGUCAGUAUCCGUGGGGCACGGUGCAGGUUGAAAAUGAAACUCACUGCGACUUUGUGAAGCUGAGAGAGAUGCUGAUCCGCGUGAACAUGGAGGAUCUUCGUGAGCAGACCCACACGCGCCACUACGAGCUGUACCGGCGAUGCAAACUGGAGGAAAUGGGAUUUAAAGACACUGACCCAGACAGCAAACCAUUCAGCUUACAAGAGACUUAUGAGGCCAAGAGGAAUGAGUUUCUGGGGGAACUGCAGAAAAAGGAAGAGGAGAUGAGGCAAAUGUUUGUCCAGAGAGUCAAGGAGAAAGAAGGUGAACUUAAAGAGGCCGAAAAAGAGCUGCACGAAAAGUUUGAUCGUCUCAAGAAGCUGCAUCAGGAUGAAAAAAAGAAGCUGGAGGACAAGAAGAAAUCUCUGGACGAUGAAGUCAAUGCGUUUAAACAGAGGAAGACGGCAGCUGAAUUGCUCCAGUCUCAGGCCCAGCAGGCUGGAGGAUCACAGACUCUUAAAAGGGAAAAGGAGAGAAAAAAGUAA